AUAGCCAUACAUACAUUUGUAAAAGUUAGUACCAAACAAAAUUGUUAUGAAUCCUCAAGUUUGUGAUUAAGUGAUUGUUUCAAAGUUUUAUUUCUAUUACGAACUUACAGAAACAUCCGUCAAUAAUUAAUAAAUGCAAAAUAAUGACCAUGAUCCCGAACUUGAAAAUAAGUUACUUUAUAAUAGUUUACUGUUCGCCAGUAUACUUAAGAAGAAAACGCAAGAUGAAAAAAUAAAGAAAAUUGAAAAGUAUUUGGAACGUGGAGCCGAUAUCAAUGCAAUUGAAGCUAACUUUAAAAACAACACACCAUUGCACCUUGCAGUAAUCAAAGAAGAACCAGAACUUGUUGAAUUUCUUUUACAGAAAGGUGCUCAAUAUAAGAAAAAAAAUUAUGAUGGCAAAUCUGCUUUAGACCUUGCUCAUUCACGAAGUGGAAAUCCUAUAAAAAGAAAAGAAAUUAUUACACUAUUAGAGACGUUUGCGAACAAUAACUUAAAACCUGUUAAUUUGAAUAAUUUAAAACCUCCUAAGCGACCUGGCUGUCCAUUUAUAAUCAAAAUAAAAGAUGAAGACUCAGAGGUAACUAGUAUCACUCCAGAUAGCAAAGAUUUCAGAGAAAAUAUCAGUCAACCUUCAACUUCAAUAGGCGAAGAUAAUACUAACACAAUUGUAACCAAGUCGCUUAUUAGAAAGGAAGAUGAAUACGCUAUUGAAAAUUCUUUCAACCAACCACAUUGUAGUGAAGACUUAUUCUUUUCUAGUCCACAUGACACUAAUGUUACUUCGACUGAGAGUGUUAAGGCAAACAUUGAUGAAGUCACAAGGAUGCUUGAAAAUCUCUUUAUUCGUGACGUCAAUAAACCGAAAUUGAAUCAAACAGAGGAAUAUGAGAAAAAAGUACACUGGAAAGAAGAUUUCAAAAUACCUUCUAGUGUUCAAAGCCCCGACGCUGUUUCAAUACAGGGAAGUAAAUCUAAGACCUCUGAUAAUAAAUAUGCUUUAGCCAAAGAUAAAAAAGCUAUAGGAAAUAAUCUUAAACAACCAGAACGUAAAAUAUCAUAUAUUCAAAAAAACAUUCAGGCUAUUUCAAAAAAGAGUAACAAAUAUAAGACCCCUGAAGUUAAAGAUAAAUUUAACAUGACUUCAAUUAAAUAUAGGACAUUACUAAAUAGUAAAGAUUUAGGUAUAAAAUCUUCUAGUCCAGAAUGUAAUAUUGAUGUUAACUUAAAAAAACCCAAAGAAAAAGCUUUUAGUUCAGCUAAAGAUAACGGCGGUAAUGAUUUAAAAAUACGUUACCAACACAGUGAUCUUACUUCAUUAAAGAAGUGUAAUCCUCAGACCUUGAAAAGUAAAGAACUUACUCUUCCGAGUACAGAAAAUUGUGAAAUUAAAGCAAGUUCGGCAAUGAUUAGUACUACAACCAAAAUAAAUACUGAAAAGAAAAUCCAAAGUUCCGUCAUACAUAAUAAACCCGUAGAAAUUAAUGUUAAACAACCACGAUUAAGUAAGCAUUUAAAAAUGUCUUCUAGUCUACAAAACGCUGAUAAUGUUUUAUUACAGAAGCAUAAUAUUAAAAUGACCAAAAAUAACAAAGUUAAUAAGAUUGUUGGAAUUGCAAGUGACAUUGGUGUUAAAAUGAAAUCAUUUAACGAAGGGACAGACAGUUUAAGAGAAAUGAAAGAACUAGUAAAAAGUAAUUUUAAACAAUCACACAACAGUAAAACUUUCAAAAUAUCGUCUAGUCAACAGCACAUCAAGAACAGUAAUUCACCAAGUUUAGCCAAGAACAAAAAGGAAGAUAAUAAAACCAAAUCAAAUGUUAUACAAUCUCAAGACUGCAAAGAUUUAAAUAUCACUUCCAUUCAACAAGUCACAGCGGCUUUAGCGACUGCUAAGAGUAAUUCUACAAUCGUAACAAAUGAAGAACACCAAAAGAACAUUAAAAGUCCAAAGAUUUGUGAUAUUGGUGAAGAUAAAAAUGCCACAGGAAAUAGUCGUAAAAAACCGCAAGAUACUAAAGAAUUCUUAAUAUCUCCGAAUGAACGUGAAAUUGUAGGCUGUUUAAGCCAUAGUGAUUCAAAUAAAUUGGCAAAUAAUAAAGACCUUAACAUUGCUGAUGGUUCUGUGAUCAGUGAUAUUAGCCAAAUUUCUAUUGUUUUAGAUUCAACAAAUAAUGAAUGUUUAGUACAAAGCAAUGGCCUAAAUCCAUUACAAAUUGAUCCACAAGAAGUUAAACUUAAUUCGAUACAAGGAGGUCAUCAAAAGGGCUUCCAAAAUAAUGACAACAAUGUAAUUGUUAAGAAUCAAAAGUUAUGUGAUCUUGAUCCUGAAAUCAUAUUAUCUACCAAAGCAAAUAAAAGAGAUACAGAUAAUAGCAUAGAUAUAAUACAAAAUGUCAGCGGCGAAACAGUUCUCUUCAAGAAAAAUACAGGUGAUUUGACUAAAGAUCAAAUUUUUGUGGAAAGUGAUGUUGGACAACAACUAGACAACAGAGGUUUAGAAAAAUCCUUUAACCAACAAUACAUUGACAGCAUUUCGAUGCAUGAAAGUGUUUGCAACUUAUCACAGAGUAAAAAUCAACUUAACAUUGUUGAAAGAACAGUGAUUGGUAAUAUUAGUGACGUUCCAGAGGAUCUUGUCUCAGUAUAUGAUGGCAAUCAAGUACAAAAUGAUGUAAAACAAUCACAACAUAAUGAAGACACACUUUCUAGUCAACAACAAACCAAGUUUAGUUUUCAGCAGAGUAAUUUUCAAUCUUUAGAUGAUAUAGGAAACAUUAAAUUAGUAGAUAGUACAGUGAUUAGCGAUAUUAUUGCCGUAACUAAAACUUUUGAAGAGCAUAAACCUGAUUUAAAUAAUGAUCUUCAGUAUUUACGGGACAAUACAGAUUUAAAUUUAAACAUAUCUUCUAAUCAACAAAAUCCAAAAGCUACGAAAAGUUCAAAGAAAAGCUCUAAAAACUCGAAAAAUAAGGAAACCAAUAAAGUUAUUGAGAGUUCGAAGAUUUCCGAUAUUGGUGGUGAAACAAAUAAAAAUGAUUUAGUCAAAUAUAAAGAAACCGUUGACAGUGAACUGAAUCAACUACAAGAUAGCAAAGAUUUAGAAAGACCUUCCAAUAAACAAGAAAUUGAAGGAUCUUCAAUACGUUCAGAAAAUAAGAAAAACUUUAAAAAUAAACAUAAAAAUUCCAAUCGAACUGAUCUAAUUGAUCGUAAACAAAUUUUAGACGCUACAGAUUUAAAUAUAUCAUCUGGGCAACAAUGCGUUGAAAACGAUACUGUAAAGAGUAAUAAACAACUCAAGGACAGUAAAGACUCAGACACAUGUUCUAGUCAACAAAGUAAUGAGGCUGCUCCAAAAACAAAAGCAAAUUCUAAGAUGUCAAAAAUCAAAGGGGAAACUAAAAUGCAAAUGAAUUCCGGUGAUAAUAAAGUGAAGAAAGAAGGUUCACUAAAAGAUAAAAAUGAUGUGAAACCGGAAUCAAAUAGUAAGAAAAGUAACAAGAAAAAAGUAUUUCUGUAUCCCAAAAGAACUGGAACUUCUGGACUUAGUGGACAGUUGUAUGAAACAAAAUUGUUAAGUCUUAUUUUACUACGUUCUUUGUAUAUUCAAGAGGUUCCUAAAUUCUUUAUUGGGACCAACGCAGAGAAUAUGGGUGCUUUUGAUGAUGUUGUCUUUAGGUAUUAUUCAGGUAAUGAUCAGAAACCUAGUAUGAUGUUCUUACAAGCGAAACACAGAGAUAAUCCUGCAAAAGAAAAAUUUACAGUCGACGAAUUAAAGAAACUGAAUGGCGAUUUCAGUUUACACAAAUACUUAGAAAGUUAUAUAAAAAUAAGUCAAAUGUUUAUGCCAGAUACGAAAGAUGACAUGUUCAUUGGAGAGUUCAAAAAUAUAGACUGUGAAUUCAUAAUUUACACUUCAGCAUUUGAGAAUUUUUCUAAAUUAAAAGUAAUUGAACAAAGCAAAGUAAAAAGUUUUAUAAAUACAACCAACGGAAAGGUAUUCCAGUUUAACUAUGAUGAAGAAGACGUAGAAGACCUUAUAGUUACAGUAGUCAAAGCGCGUGCUGUUCUUUUGGCAAAACGACUGUCAAGAUUUAUUUUUAAAGAUAAUAAUAACUAUAAUAAUAUGAUGAUGGACGAAUUGAUUAAAACAUAUCAUGUAUUCCUUGCCAGACACAUUAUUGAUAUUAAACUUACAGGCGAAGAAGCGCCCAAUUUUUAUAACGCAACAUUUAGAGAAACUUUCUUAACAAGUAAUGGUGCUUUAUUGAUAGCUUUUAAAACUACCCUUUGUAAAGAAGCAAUACAACUAAAGAAAGGUAUAGGCACGGAUAACGUUGAAGAAGUGGAAAAUAUCUUGAAAACGUAUACUUUUAAAGUUCCCAUUACUUUUGGUAAUUUAAACUUUUGCUUCACUGGUAACGAGCAGAAAAAAGAAAAGAAACUUGAAUACCUUUGCUCACUAUUUAAAAAGCUACUUGAAAUUGCUGAUGUCUCGAUUAACAACAUUUUGAUCAAAAUAGAUGACGAUAAAGUCGGUCCCAACGAAAUUUUACAAAGUACUGAUUUAGAGACGUACAGAAUAGGUGGUCUAGUUGGCAACUUGCUAAUAUUAGAUGAAAAAACGAUGACUAUGAAAUUUAAUUUAGAUUUCACAACUUUGUCUCCAGACAAUAUUAAGCUUUUAGAGAGAUUAAGAAAUGAAGUAUUUGUAGAAACAGAUCUCAGUAAAUACAGAUUUGACAUAAAUGUUCAUAGAUUUGCUAGAUUAUCUUUGGUUCACGAAAAAUACGAUAAAGGACUUAUCAAAGAUUUUCUAGAUAAACUUAUUUUUUAUACCAAUCAGGCCACAGAGGACAAAGUUGAAGAUAUUGUAAAGAAGGAAAUAGACGAAUUCUUUGUCGGUAAUAUUCCUAGACAACGUGACCAACUAUUUAAAGUGAAAAGUCAUGCUAUUUUUUUAAAAGCUCAUGAUCUGGUACAAAAGUGGUGGAAAAUUUCAGGUGAAGCCCCGUACCUAACGGAAUCCUGUCAAUAUUUUCUAGACGCAGAAAAAGAUGUCCUUAACAGUCCCUUAUUAAAUGUUCUUAAUUUCACGUACAUAAAAACAGUAAAAAUUACAAUGUGUGAGAUAAAAUUUAAAGAUGUAAUAACAGGCUUCUUUAAUUUAAAUAGUUUUUUAGAAGGAACAAUACAAAUAAUGACAAUAAUCACUGAAGAAAUCGCUCUGACCAGUAUGAAGUUACUCCAAAAUUUUAAAGAAAAUCAUUAUAGUGAUUACACUUUUAUUGAUUUGGAUUAUAUAGCAAAUAGUAAUUAUUUUGCCAAUGUUAAAGUAGAAGUAAAAGAAUCUAAAAUACAAACGUUAAUAAUAGUUUGUAAAAGUGAACAUAUUUUUGCAGAACUCAACUUGUUAAUCAAGCAUUUUAAAGGAAAAGUAAUUUUAAUUUGUAUUAAGGAUUUAAUUCCUCAAAUUGAUGGAAUAGCGACAGAAAACAUUGUCUCCAAAGUUGACCUGCAAAUAGGCUUUGACGAUCUCGAUGAUACUAUGUGCGAGAUGUUGCGAAACGAAAGAUAUAUCAUCUUUCAAGGAAAGGAAGUUAAACUUGGCGUAUUGUUUGAAGAUCAGUCGUAUCAGCUAUUAAAUUCUAACGUUCUUUAUAAGAUUAUAAACAAUGAACAUACUGUAAUUGGCCGACAUUUCAAUAACCCAUCAUAUGAUGAAAUAUUAGACUAUUAUAUUAAGGAGCAAGUAUGUCGUUAUGUAACAUUAGAGAAAGAUAUUGAAGCUAAUGAUGAUUUUGAUAUCAUGGAAUAUAAUAAAUUGGGAAAUAAUUUUGAACCCAGAGCGACAGAUAUCGUUUUAAUUACAGAUAAUGAAGCCGAAUAUGUCAAUUUUAACGAAAAGUAUGAAAACUGUAAUGUCCAUUGGUUUCGUAACGAUGAAAAUUGUCUUGUUUGGCAACAAUCCCAAGGCAAUUUGUCCAAUAUUCUAAAGCACGUUAAAAAGAAUUCACACGACGCCUAUAAAUUACAACCUGAGACUUUGAAAGACAUUAAGGAGAAAGUAGUAAUAAUAAGCGCUGAGCCUGGUAUGGGAAAAUCUUCUUUGUUGACACAUUUAGCUAUAAACACGAAAGAAAAAUACCCCUCGCUAUGGAUUUCUAAAAUUAAUUUAUUGGAUUUCAUCAAUGAGUUUAAAAAUCUGGAGCAACGUAAAGUUACCAUUGAUUUCAAAGAAGUUGUAAAGUUUUUAUUUCGAGCAAUUGGUUUCGAAGCUAGUAAAGAUAAGACAUGCAAUUUUGAACUGGUUAUUGAUCAUGUUUCUGUUAAGGACCAAGAUAUUUGUUUCAAUGUGGAUAAGGAGGGAAGUAAUAUCACCGGACUAAAUUUAUUUGAGAUACAGUUAUUUGUACACUGUUUCAAUAACAACAGAGUUGCUUUAUUGUUUGAUGGUUUUGAUGAAAUUUGUCCGGACUACGCUAACGAAUUUAUGCAAAUAGCAAAUAUCCUUAAAAAUUCAAAACUUGCUCAUUUGUGGAUAACUAGUCGUUUGUACAAUGUAUUGAAUCAGUUGGAAAGUGUCAUGCAGACGUUUUCUUUUACAAUAGAGCCAUUAUCAGAGGACGAUCAAAGACAAUUUUUAAAGAAAAUAUGGUCCACGAGAAAUGUAGGAAAAUCGAUGCUAAGUUUUCCUUUGAAUGAACCGUGGUUCUUGUCGCAUUCAAUAAAAGGAUUUUUGGCUGUUCUAUCUGCUGUGUUUACUGAUACUAAUAGCAAGUUUAUUAGCAUACCACUACAUUUAUACAUGAUAGCUGAGAUUUUUCAAGACUCUUAUCAUACUUUCCCGUUAAAUGCAGAGAGUUAUGAAAGUUUCAUUAGCGAACAAAACACUAUGAACAAAAUUAAUUUAAAUCAAAUAUAUCAACGGUUUAUUGAUAUAAAAUUUUUCAAGAUUCGUUUUGGUGAAAAAAAACCACUUUUGUGUAUCAAUGACCCUGACAUGCGAAAACUUAUAGAAAACGAGCGUGACACCUUUUUUUACAAUCAUAAAAUAAUUGCCGCGUACAUAGUAUUCGGUAAAAUGAAUGAAAUAAACUUUUUGGAUGAAAAUGAUACUAAGCAAAUUCAUAACUUUAUUGAUAGGGUAAAAUUAGGAGAAGAAAAGACAGGUAUUAUUGAACAAAUUGUCCUCGGCGAGCCUAAGUUUGUUCAUUACACAUUCGCAGAAUAUUUUAGUACAGAAUUCCUUUGCGACAGGUUAAAAACUUUCCAAAGUAGGAGUUACAUGUGGACAUAUCUGAUUAAUACGUUUCUUGAAUCAGAAGUCGGAGGUCCACAAAGGUUUUUUAAUGCAAAAUUAGGUAAUCAUCCAAAUUUUUAUAAUAUAAUCCAUAACAUAGAGCUAAAACCAAUGUUUGAAAAUUGGCUUCAACAACAUGAAAAGAUGGCUAAGUUAAUAUACACGGCCGUUGAUCAAUACUUGGAAAAUACUGCGUUGUUUUUAUUGAAAUGUAUUGAACAUGUAUUGACUAACACAAACCUUAAAGAUUUUAUAAAAAUUGUGAGUAAAAGUUUAAACAGUUGCAUUUUGUGUAUUGCGACCAAGAGACAUGCAGAGAGGGUGGUAAAGUUUAUAUUGGACUCCGUAAAAAAUGUUAAUGCCAGUCAAAUUAUCGAUUUAUUUAAUUGUUGUGAUCUUCCAUAUUCUAAUCCGUUGUUAAUUGCAUAUGGACAGGAGAAGUGGCAGCAGUCCAAAUUGGUUUUAUUGCAUUUAUUCUUAUCAGAUUUACCACCUCACAUGGUGGUAGAAGUUUUUAGUAUGAAUUUUGAUAAGAAAUGGUUUAAUAGAAUUAAAUCCAAGAAGUACAUACACAUAGUGUCGGAAUCAAUAGGUGUUGAAGAUUUAAAUUUUAAUAGACCCUUAAGUAAGUUAAGUGAAGAACAACUUGUACACAUUUUUACUUUAAAAGAUUCAGAAAAUAAACUAGCAGCUCAUAGAGCUGCUUCUAGUCAGUCAUAUAAUUUUUUUGACAAGCUAGAGAGCCUCGUAAAUAAAAAAGAAUUUAAGAAAAUUUGUAUGUCCCUAGAUAAAUCUGGACUGACUCCAUUACAUUACUUUGUUUACAAUUCCAUGCAUAUCGACAAACUAGAACGUCUCUUGGAUGUAGUUUAUGGUGAUCAAAAGACAGGAAAAUUAACAUUACAAUAUUUUAUUGACAAAAGAAACAAAUCAAAAUAGUGUUUUGUUUCUAAAGAA